CUCCACACAGCGCACUGCCACCCUAGCCUACAUGUGUACGUGACAUCCGAAUGGCUGCUGGCUUACUGAGCGCUCCAGCCUCUCCGCCUCUACCUGGCCCAUUUCUGGGAGGAUCUGAGCGCACCUCGCUUCAGCACCAUGGAUAGCUCCACACAGAGCGGACCGUGACCGCGAUCCAGUGCCACAAGUGACGGCCUGCCUGCCUGUCUGGGUUCGUUUCCUGGUACUGUGUGUCCGCCACCACAUCCACCACCACCAGCAGCAGCAGUUCAUCAGUGGCAUCGGGCUAAAAGCAUGUAGAUCAGCGAGGCGCUCUGAGAGGCGCAGCAGCUCCGCGCUGGAGGUUCUUCUCCACAGCCGCCUGGGCUCCACUGAUUCUCUCCUCACCUGAGAUCCGCACACUGGAAUAAAGCUGGAUUCGUUUGGGGUAAAGAUGAUGGUUCCACGCUACAGACCGAGCCCGGGCUCCACCAUGUCCUUGUCCUUCUGCGGCAACGAGAACAACUCGGCUGCCUACAACGUGGACCGGGGCGUGCUCAACAACGGAUGUUUCCUAGACGCCCUCACUGUGGUUCCCCACGUCUUCCUGCUCUUCAUCACCUUCCCCAUCCUCUUCAUUGGUUGGGGCAGCCAGAGCUCCAAAGUGCAUAUCCAUCACAGCACCUGGCUGCAUUUCCCUGGACACCACUUACGCUGGAUACUAACCUUCAUCCUCCUCUUCGUGCUGGUCUGUGAGAUUGCUGAGGGCAUUGUGUCUGAUGGGUUCACGCAGUCUCUGCAUCUUCAUCUCUACAUGCCAUCAUGUCUGGCCUUCAUGGCUGCCAUCACCUCUAUAGUCUACUACCACAACAUAGAAACUUCCAACUUCCCCAAGCUGCUGAUAACUUUGCUUAUUUACUGGGUCUUGGCAUUUAUCACAAAGACCAUCAAGUUUGCCAAGUACACAGAGCAUGGCAUCGGUUUGAGACAGCUUCGCUACUGCCUGACUGGCCUGCUGGUCUUGCUCUAUGGCCUGCUGCUCUCAGUAGAGAUCAAUGUCAUACUGGGAAGGCGUUAUAUGUGUUUUGCCCACCCCACGGAAGUAAAGCCACCUGAAGACCUGCAGGACCUUGGUGUACGUUUUCUACAGCCAUUUGUCAACCUGUUGUCCAAGAGCACAUACUGGUGGAUGAACACCUUUAUCACAUCCGCCCACAGACGCUCCAUUGACCUGAAGGUCAUAGGCAAGCUUCCCAUUGCAAUGAGGGCUCUCACCAAUUACCUGAAACUGCGCAAGGCCUUUGAGGCUCAGAAGAGACCUGAUGGACAUCAGCCUCAGGGUCCCCAGUGGAUCUGGAGGGCCCUACGUCAGGCCUUUGGGAAGCCCCUAAUCCUAAGCAUCACUUUCCGAUUCCUAGCUGACCUUCUGGGUUUUGUUGGACCACUGUGUAUCUCAGGCAUUGUGCACCACAUCAGCAAAGAGAACCACACGAUCCAGGCACCAGCCCAGUUGUUGGGGAUCUAUUUCAUCUCCUCGCAGGAGUUCCUGGCUAAUGCCUAUGUGUUGGCUGUGCUGCUGUUCUUUGCUCUGCUUCUCCAAAGGACAUUUCUACAGGCCUCCUACUAUGCUGCCAUCCAGACCGGAAUCAACCUGAGAGGAGCAAUCCAGACAAAGAUUUACAAUAAGAUCAUGCGUCUGUGUACCUCCAACCUGUCUAUGGGAGAGAUGACAGUGGGCCAGAUUUGCAACCUGGUAGCUAUAGACACCAACCAGCUAAUGUGGUUCUUCUUUCUGUGUCCCAAUCUGUGGGCCAUGCCAGUACAGAUCAUACUGGGGGUGGUUUUGCUUUACUACCUCCUGGGAAUAAGUGCCUUGAUUGGGGCGACUGUCAUUGCCCUCCUGGCCCCUGUGCAGUACUUUGUGGCGACCAAAUUGUCUCAAGCACAAAAGAGCACCCUGGAAUACUCCAGUGAGCGGUUAAAAAAAACCAAUGAGCUUUUGCGAGGUAUCAAGCUGCUAAAGCUUUAUGCCUGGGAGCACAUCUUCUGUUCCAGUGUGGAGGAAACCAGAGGGAAGGAGCUCACAAGUCUGAAGGCCUUUGCCCUUUACACGUCUGUCUCCAUUUUUAUGAAUGCUGCGAUUCCAAUUGCUGCAGUUCUUACUACGUUUGUUGUCCAUGUACAUCUGUCGGAAGAUGCUGACCUGUCUCCAGCUGUGGCAUUCGCUUCACUCUCCCUUUUCCACAUUUUGGUCACACCUCUCUUUCUGCUGUCCAGUGUAGUUCGCUCCACAGUCAAAGCACUUGUCAGUGUGCAGAAGCUGAGCGAAUUCUUUGCCGGUGAUGAGAUUGGAGAGGAACAGGAACCCAAGGCAACAAUUCCAUCAAGCUCCACCAACCACAGCAAUUACCAGGCACUGCCACUGAAGGUUGUGAACCGCAAGCAUCCAGCCCGAGAGGACUGGAAUAACUAUGGGCUACAGAGUGAACAGACCACAGAAGCAGCAGCAGUGGAUGAUGAUGAAAGCUGCAUCAAGAUUACUGGUGGAUAUUUCAGCUGGACGGAAGGUGCGCCCACUCUUGCAAAUGUGGACAUAAAAGUUCCAUUUGGUCAGCUGACUAUGAUAGUGGGUCAAGUGGGCUGUGGAAAGUCUUCUCUGUUACUGGCUGCAUUGGGAGAGAUGCAGAGGAUAUCUGGCAGUGUCACAUGGAACAGUAAUCCAAAGCUGGAUUCACCAGGAGAUGAAAGCCCAGAUGCAGCCGGUGAUGAUGAAAUCAGAAAGAGAGGAGCUGUAGCAUAUGCUUCUCAGAAGCCAUGGCUGCUCAAUGCCUCUGUGGUGGAAAACAUCACUUUUGAGAUGCCCCUAAUCAAACAAAGGUAUAAGACUGUGAUUGAGGCAUGCUCCCUGCAACCAGACAUUGACAUCCUACCACAGGGGGACCAGACAGAGAUUGGAGAAAGGGGGAUUAUCCUCUCAGGAGGCCAGAAACAGCGUAUCAGCGUGGCCCGUGCUCUCUACCAAACCACUAAUGUGGUUUUCCUUGAUGAUCCAUUCUCUGCGCUGGAUAUCCACCUGAGUGACCAUUUGAUGCAGGAGGGUAUUCUGAAACUGCUCCGAGAGGAGAAGAGAACCGUGGUGCUGGUCACACACAAACUGCAAUACCUUCCUCAUGCAGACUGGAUCAUUGCGAUGAAGGAUGGGACGAUUCAGACUGAGGGCACGCUGAAAGACAUCCAGAAUUCUCAGCCGGAACUGUUUGAGCAGUGGAAAAUCCUCAUGAAUCGCCAAGACCAGGAGUUUGAGAAGGAGACUGUUGCAGAAAGCAUGACAGUACUGGAGAGAAAGAACUUAAGGAGAGCCAUGUACUCCAGGGAGGCACUGAAGACUGAGGAAGAGGAGGAGGAAAUGGGGACUGUACUCACUCCUGAAGCAGAGGAGUCGGUGGAGAGUGAUGACGAGGACAACCUGUCGCAGGUGAUGAGACAUCGAGCCACAAUCCCGUGGCGCUCGUGUGGGAAAUACCUGACCUCAGCCGGUCUGCUGCUGCUGCCCCUGCUGCUUCUCUCCCAGCUACUCAAACACUCAUUUAUGGUGGCUAUUGACGUAUGGCUUGCACACUGGACCUCAGAUGUCAUUCGUGCCAAGAUCCAUGCGGAUCGACAUAACUGCACGUUGGUUCAGGACUGUGGUUUCAGUCACUCGUCGUACCUGCUGGUCUUCAGUUUACUGUGCUGCCUGGGCAUCGUGCUGUGUCUUGCGACCUCUGUGGCUGUCGAGUGGACAGGACUGCGCGUAGCCAAAGAAUUACACCACAAUCUGCUCAACAACAUCAUCGUGGCCCCCAUGAGACUUUUCGAAACAACUCCUUUGGGAAGCAUCCUGAACCGAUUCUCUGCUGAUACAAACACAAUAGACCAGCUCAUCCCAACAACUCUGGAGUGUUUGAUACGCUCCACACUGCUGUGUGUGUCUGCACUGGGUGUGAUCUCAUAUGUUACACCUGUUUUUCUUAUCGCUCUCGUCCCUCUCACCAUCAUCUGCUACUUUAUCCAAAAAUACUUCAGAGUGGCAUCCAGAGAUCUCCAGCAGCUGGAGGACAGUACUCAACUCCCUUUACUCUCUCACUUCUCAGAGACAGUUGAGGGGCUCACUACAAUCAGAGCCUUUAGGUAUGAAGCCAGGUUUCGCCAUAGGCUCCUGGAGUUCACAGAUGCUAAUAACGUUGCAUCCCUCUUCCUCACUGCUGCUAAUCGGUGGCUGGAGGUUCGCAUGGAGUACAUUGGAGCAUGUAUCGUUCUGAUAGCAGCUGUGGCCUCUAUCACCAGUUCGCUUUACAAUCACCUGUCUACUGGGCUGGUGGGUCUGGGACUGACCUAUGCUCUAAUGGUAUCAAACUAUCUGAACUGGAUGGUGCGUAACCUGGCUGAUAUGGAAGUACAGUUAGGAGCGGUGAAGAGGAUUAAUAACUUGCUAAAGACUGAGCCAGAGAACUAUGAAGGACUGCUAUCUGCGUCCCAGGUCCCAGAGGGCUGGCCCCAGCAGGGUGAGAUUCAGAUCCAAAACCUGAGCGUUAGAUACGACAGCACUCUAAAGCCUGUCCUGAAGAAUGUCAAUGCCCAUAUCAAACCAGGAGAAAAGGUUGGCAUUUGUGGCAGAACAGGAAGUGGAAAGUCUUCUUUCUCCUUAGCAUUUUUCCGUAUGGUGGAUACCUUUGAAGGGCGGAUAAUCAUAGAUGAUAUUGACAUAGCAAAGCUGCCUCUUCAGACACUCCGGAGUCGUUUCUCUAUCAUCCUCCAAGAUCCUAUUCUCUUCAGUGGAACAAUCCGUUUUAAUCUAGAUCCAGAGAUGAAAGCUACAGACAGUAUGCUUUGGGAAGCUUUAGAGAUCGCCCAGCUUAAACCAGUUGUGAAAACUCUCCCUGGGGGUCUUGACGCCAUGGUGACGGAAGGUGGGGAGAACUUCAGCCAGGGGCAACGGCAGCUGUUCUGUUUGGCACGUGCCUUUGUUCGCAAAAGCAGCAUUCUCAUCAUGGAUGAGGCCACUGCUUCAAUAGACAUGGCAACGGAGAGCAUUUUACAGAAAGUCGUGAUGACAGCCUUCGCUGACAGAACUGUGGUCACCAUAGCGCAUCGAGUGCACACCAUCCUGAAUGCGGACCUGGUGAUUGUGAUGAAGAGAGGGGUGAUCCUUGAGUAUGAUAAACCAGAUGUUCUCCUUGGUUGUGAGGACAGUGUAUUUGCCUCAUUUGUUCGUGCAGAUAAAUGACCGCUGAGGACUGCCCAUUUAAAGUGCAAUUCUACCAUGUAUUAUUGUUUUGUAUUUCACCAAACAUCAUAUUUGUAAAUAAGAUGGAAUUUCUUUACUAAUAAAAUAUAAAUGCCUAUAUAUA